GGUGAAGUCAGCACCUGUACUCCUGGGAUAAUGGCCCCUAACACUCUUGCACUGGAAAUCCUAACACCCAAAGAGAAAAACAGACUGAGAAAACCAAUGGUGGAGAAGCUGCGCCGGGAUCGCAUUAACAGCAGCAUCGAGCAGCUGAAAGUCCUGCUGGAAAAGGAGUUCCAGAGACACCAGCCCAACUCCAAGCUGGAGAAAGCCGACAUCCUGGAGAUGACUGUCAGCUACCUUAAAUACAGCCAAACUUUCCCCUCAUCUCAGCAUCUGCAGCAGGAUUACAGUGAAGGGUAUUCCUGGUGCCUCAAAGAGGCUCUUCAGUUCCUGUCUCUCCAUUCAGCCAACUUGGAAACUCAGACGAAACUGUUGCGCCACUUCCAGAGAUCUCAAGUGGCCGCCAAAGACUCAAAUUCUUCUGCAGCUUCCUGUUUCUCCCACCAAGCUCCUGCAAAACAGGCAGUGCUGAAGCCCUCCAGCAGUCUUUGGAGGCCCUGGUAGAUGAGAAGGACUUCUGUUUUAUUUCUGGAUAUGUGCUUGUAUUCCAGAGGAGCCUGCAACUUGCUGUGCAAGUAUGUGUACUCCUCUAAUGAGUAGGGAAGAGCACUUUCCUUUUACAGAGCACGAUGAUGCUUGGACAUCAGUUUCCCUUCUCCCAGAAGGACCUAAAAGCUCCCACUACUUGGAGAGUUAUUCUAAAAGAAUGUACCCUGUAGUCCUCAUGGGAGGACGACUGAAAAGAGUUGUUCAGAGAGGAACGUUUCCUGGUGUGUGACCACGCUGAGGUGGUGCAUGCGCAUGCUGGGUUAAACUGAAGUAACUUCUAAGAAGUAUAGGCUCACAUUUUCAAAGGUGUCUGCUCAGCUGGAGCACCUCCAUCUCAGCCACCCGUUUCAAGACUCCUGGGAUACCCCUGCUUGACUCCAGCCACAGCUGAAAAUCCCAAGCUGGGUAGCUGCAUUGGGGGACACCUUUGAAAAUGUGGCUCUCACCUGGUUGCCGUAACAAGUUCUACAAUAUUUGUAGGGUGCGCUAAGCGUACUAUGAAAAGCAACCCCAGUUCUGUAGAGGAAAUUCUUCAGGAUGUAUGGCUCUCAGAGCAGAGCACAAUUUGCUAGGUUUAGUAUGUGCAAUGCCUUUUGUAAAGGCAAUAGAUCACUUGUAUCCUUAUAGGAAAGGAAAGUUACGGCAUGUGUUGUCGAAUUUACAGGAAAUGCUUAGCAAAGCCUUUCAUGAAAAGGUGACUGUACAAAUUCUAUUUGUGUUUUCAGUACCCUUGUGCUUGGGGCAGACUGCUGAUUUGCUACCAUCCUUGGAGUGAUAUGUACGUUUAAGCUGCACUGACUCUGUAAUCUGUUUUGCAUUAUUUUGCAUUUCAAAAGCCACAAAAAUUUGGCUCUGAGUGACAAUAAAAUCUGGUUACUGAAUCUGUA